GUUAGCGACUUGGGCUAUCCAGUGAUAACUUGCGGCUUCACGGACCGAGGGCGUUCAUACCAAGUUGGUGCUUUUUUCGUGGUGAGUCGGCGCACGGAACAUGAAUACACCGAGUGCUUGCGCAGUUUUGCUGACGUCGUCCGGCAUGUUCGAGGAGCAACACUUCGUAUCGAUGCAACCAUGAGCGAUGCUGAGGAUGCUCAAUUCUUGGCUCUAAAGAAUGUGUCUUGUUUUGCAAAUGCUACGAAGCUGAUGUGUUAUUUUCACGUUAUGUACAACGUACGUAAACGCACACAGCACCUGCCCUUUGAUGAAAGGAGAAAUGUGAUGAACUCGAUUGUCGACAUGCAUUUUACGCAAAGCUUGUUGGAGUUUGAGCGUACACGAGAUCGAGAAAUAGCUAGUUGGCGCAAGCAGACACAUCUCGUUGAAUUCGCGGACUACUUCGAGCAGCAGUGGCUAACAGGCCGCUAUUGGCGAUGGCAACUGUACCACGAUCCUGAGGGCUACACAUUAACCAACAAUCCCUGCGAGAACCUAAAUGGAGGACUAAAGCACUUUCUGCAGCGCCGUAAGCAUAAUAUCUGUCGAUUACUCGAAAAAAUCGGGACCGUCAUCGAAACGACGAGU